AUGUGUGUGUCCAAAAAGUGAGUUCCCGAUUUUGAUAUCAUCCUUUUUUUCAUUUUUUCAGAAAACCAAAGCCGAAAAAAGCAGAGCCACAGAAAGCAGAACCACAGAAAGCAGCACCGGAAAAAGCAGAACCGCAGGAAGCAGAAUUGGAAAAGCCUGAUCCGCCGAAAAAUACCAAAUCUCAAGCUCAACCCGUGUCUUCCCCAAUAAUCGAAGUUCCACCCCAAAUGCCGGCCCAAGUUUUCUCAUUCAAAGACUGUAAAAAUCACCAUAGACGCGAAAAGGUACGAGUUUUCAAAUAAAAACCACCAACACGUGCAAACGUGAAAUUUACAGAGUAAAGAAAAUCGUCAAGAUUGGGAAUUAUUAUCAACUCAAUUCUAGAUAGUUUCAUUUUUUUCCGAUGAAAAAUCGAGAAAAUACUCAAUUUCUUGAGUCAUGAGACAGGCAUGCUGGAAAAGUCGGUCGGUCGGUUUGGAAAACUAGGCCACGCCGUAAUUUUGCUCCAUGGAAAAUCGAUUUUCAGACUUUUUUCUAUUUUUCUACAUUUUUCCUUCUUUUUUUAUCAGUUUCUUUGGAUAUAGGAUACAUGCUCCUCACUUCAAACUAAACUGUUGCUUAUUUAUUAUCGUUUUUAUAGGUAAUUUUUUUCACGUUUUACUGGAUGUAAUUUUUGUUUCUUGCCUCAUUUGUGUGUAUUUUACACAUUAUCUCAUUAUCCGAUUGCUUUAAAAAUUUUAAUUUCACUCAUUUGGUUAUAUAAAGUUAUUUUGGAUCCAAAAAAAUUAAUACGAAUUUUUAAAAACUUGAUCAGUUUAUAAUUUUGAACGUAGUAAAAUCGUAUUUUACUCGCAAGAACAAUACAAGUGAAUGAAAAUAAGCGAAAACCGUCUUAGUAAAAUAGAAAAAGGAACAAAAAUUCAGAAAAGAAAAAAAAAGAUUGAAAUUCUAAGUGUUCCAUGGAGCAAUAUUACGGCGUGGCCUAGUUUUCCAAACUGACCGACCGACCGAACCAACCGACUUUUCCAGCAUGCCCUAGAGACGUUAUAGGAAGUUGAGUAGACUAGAAAUUUUCCUAAAAAAAUUGGGAGAAUGGAAGUUCGUUCUCUUCUUUUGCAGCUAAUCGACCUUUUCAUUGAUGUAGACUCAAUCAAUAUCUAACUUUGAAACUUUUUUUUUAUUACACAAUUUUUCUUCCCAUUUUCAGAGUCUGCGAUGGUUCGUUGAGAGUCUGAAUACUGGAGUUGACGGUUUGAUCGAUGAAUACAUGAAAUUGAACUUGGCAUGUCUUGAAUUUAAAGGCGAGAGGAAGGCGACCUCAAUGGACAAAGAGAAAAAUAGGCUAGUUUCCUUGAAAUCCUAACAACUAGCUCCUCACGGCGUUUUUUGGCGACGGCCCAUAUUUUUUCCGUAAAGUGUAGUGUGUCGUGUGCAUACACUGCGGCGCUCUGGCACGCCGCGUUCAACGUAAUUUUCGUGAACUGAAAUUCAAAUAUAUUUUUCACUCUCUGGUGGCUAUUUUGAAUUUCGCGGAAUUACUCUCAACACGACAUGUGUUUUAAAACGAAGAAAAACGGAGAAAUCGCCUUUUUUUAUUAGUUGCCUUUUCUUCCGUUAACAAAAACGCCGUGUCCUUCCUUUUUUGUUUACGAUUCGAUGAAACUUCAAAAUCAACUUUCAGAAAUCCUGACUAUCCGUGUUUGGAAGAUAAACGAGUUGUUCUGAAGUUUCCCGGCGUCACUUCCGAUUACAUCCACGCAAAUUAUUAUGGCACCUCUCUUACGCCUGAGAGAUUAAUUUGCACCCAGGUUUAGUUCUGGCUCAGUCGUGGACGGAGACUCUCUUCCCACUGUUGCACGGUGCCAGAGCUUCUGACCCUCGCUCCGCUGAGUAGAUGAGUUGGAAUGUAGUGCAAACUUGAAAUGCAAAAAAAAAAACGUGGAAAUGUAUGUCACUUUAAAAAAAAUGAUUAGCAAGGUUGUUUGAGGAGGCCGGUCAUAUUUUACGGUAGUUUACAAUGGAGGUUUGCUUUGCGGUUGGGAUUUCCCUGAAAAUUGGCUAGAACACUCCUCGAUGAACCAGAAGAAGUUUCUGGAAGUCUCAACCUGCGCAACUUCCUCGUUUUUGAGAAAAGACGCCUCAAAGUCAAAGAAAACCCUCAAAACCUUGAAAAUAGGCCAUUUUGAGGCUUCAAGCCCUUAUUUCUAAAAAACUAAGGAGUUGCGCAGAUUGAGACUUACAGGAUCCUCAUCUUGUGAAUCAAGGAGCGUUCUGGCCAAAUUUCAGGAAAUACCCAAUCGCAAAGUGAUUUAACCUCUCAUGUUAGUUACUUUUUCCGGUAACGACCAUGAAGAUUGUGUAUUUUUGUGAAGUAAAUUAUCCUGUAACCUCGAAAAUUAGUUCCUUGACAAAUUCAAAAAUUAAAAAAACUAAAAAUUAUAUCUCCAAACUGAAGCUGCAAUAUUCACCGGCCGCCGGUUGCACUGCCUCAAAAAUGCGUGGGGAAAAAAAUUAUGAAUGACCGCACCACGACACUAAGCGAAAAUGACGUCAGAAAACGCUCAUGGCACCGUGCGCUGCGGAUUGGCCAGUUGGGGAGGGUGCGAAAUGACGUCACUAUUGAAUUUAAAGGCUACUCACGUAUGUUCUAGCUUGAGUUCCAUUUCGAAAAAAGCCCGGCGGUUCUCUGAAAUAGAUCGUCAAAAGGGCGCCUUAACUCUUUCCCUGACAUACACUAUUCCAUCGUUUUCUCGCAGCUAGAGAACGACGAAAUAGUGUGUGUCAGAGAAAGAGUUGUGGCGCUCUUUUGGCACUCCAUGUCAGAAUCAAUCCCGAUGUAAAAGCCGAGGGAGGCAGAGAAGUGGGCGGGACGCGUAGCGUGUGCGUACGCGGCCCUCGGCACGAGUUCAAUUCAAGCGCCACCAACUGUUUAAAAAGCUCACUCGCCGCUCUUUUCGAUGGUACGACAAAAUCUCAAGUCCGCAAAUCUCGAGGACCGUAAUCUUGUGUACGCAGAUCUAAAGUCCCAUAAUCUUGGAGACCAAAAUCUUGGAAACCAUAAUCUUGGAAAGCAAAAAUUUUUCCUUUUUAGUCUUCUUUAUUGCACUUUAUCUACUUAUAUUCUCUUGUUUGGAUCACCGAAUACAAGUUCCGAUAAAAUCUAUUCGCAAAAGCGUUGAUUUUUACUUUCCAAAAUUGCGGUUUCCAAGAUUUUGGUUUCCAAGGUUAUGGGACUUUAGAUCUGCGUACACAAGAUUACGGUCCUCGAGAUUUGCGGACUUGAGAUUUUGUCGUAAUAUCCUCUUUUCGAAUCUAUUAUACCUAGGGGGCGCAAAGCCCCGCCCCUUCACGCCACCAAAAUGACGAUUUUUUUGUUGCAGAAACGGUUUUGAGGUGUUUAUACUAGCUAAAGCCCCACUUUAAAAAUGAACUGUUUCUGUUGAUCUAUGUAAUCGACAACGCUCUACAAGACUGAAAAAAAUUUUUUUAAACUAUGUAUUUUUUUUCAAAAAAAUAAGCGAAAAAAAGUAAGAUUUAACACGAAAAAAACUGACAAGUUUCACAAAAAUCGUCGCGUUUCUGAAAAACCAAGUGAGGAACGCUUCUAAAUUUUGAGUAUGUUAUAUAUUAACACUUUCUUUAUUUUUUUCGAGUAAAAAAAUUUUAAAAAAAUCUAACGACGCGAAAAAUCGAAGCUUGUAAAGUGACACCAAACUUUGAAGCUGAAAUGCGAAAAAAAUUUCAGCGACAUGGUAUACUUUUUUUAUUUGAUUUAAAAAAACUCACAAUGUGUUUAAAAAAAUAAAAAAAUUCAGAAUGAAAAAUAAUUAUUGGGACAGCGAAUCAAAUUAUAUUUGAAUAUUACCAAAACCUCCUUUUUUUCGUUUGCCUCGUUGACGCAUGAGAGAAUAGGAUCGCUUCUAUACUUUUUGAUUAUAUUAUUAAGCGUUCAAAACUCUAUCAAUCAAAAAAUUAUGAAAAAAAUCAAACGACGCGAAAAAAAUAACGGCUUUGAAAACCUCGAAAAAAUGGCAAUUUUUUUUGAAAUUUUGGAAGAAUUCGUGCAAGCGUUCGUAACUGUGUUUGCGUCAAACACACCGAUGCGCACUUUUAAAUGUUGCAGGAGCCGUUUUUUGGAGUCAAAUUGCACAUUUUCCUGUUUUAUUUCGAAAUAACAUUAUUUUUCAUUUUUUUCCCUUUUUUCCAAACCAAAUGAUAAUAAUUUUUCUCAUUAGAAAAAAGAAAAAUAAGCUGAAAAUUCCUUCUGACCUUUUUUCUAAGUAGUUUUUUGAUAUUUUAUCAAAAAUUCUUAUGAGGAUUGUACAAAAAGAUUCAUACCAAAACAUGAAGCUCAGUUCUGACAACCUCUCGGAACAGAAAACCGAUUUAAAAACGGUCCAGAAACGCGCAAAAACAUUUAAAAAGAAAGCGUGCGGCAGCGGGUAAACCGUGAGAUUUUGCCUCCAGUUGUACGCCGCGCGCGCUAGUUUUUUGCCCAUAACUUUUUUCUUAGUAAACCUUUUUUCAAAAACUAAACGGAUUAUGAAAAUUGACAGUCUCCUCUAUCGAACAGUGUAAAAAACAUAUUUUUUGGAUCGUUUUGAAGAAAUGGCUUGCGGACCCUAAUUAUACCAUUUUCAAUGUGAAAAUGGAAAAAUCAAUAAAGAGUUCAAACGAGCACUCCAAAUAGCCGCUGGCAGUUGAUUUGAACUCGUGCCUAAGCCCGCCUUUCUCGUCUUCCAACUUUGAUUCCAACCAAGUCGGAAAAUAUUGACUUUAGCAGAUGAUUGAUUUUUUUUUAUAGUUAUAGUUAGAACUACCUGCCACAGAAGUUUAGAGCAGAUCUGUGAAUUUCCCCUUCCGCACUCUCCUUGUAAAAGAAAAUUUAAAUUUGGCUUUUUUGCAGACUCCGCUCGAGAACACAGUUUACGACUUUUGGGCAAUGAUAAUCCAGGAAAACGUGACUAACGUCCUCAUGUUGGGUAGUUUCGAUGAACCUUCGGCAAAAGUUGCUUUUUGUUUUUAUUCUUCAGUACGAAUCCCUUUUCAGGGCGAGAAGAAAAGCGUGCGUUAUUUCCCCGAGAAUGAAGGCAUGGAAUCGACUUUUGGCACGGCACCUAAUGUGAUAUCAGUUCGCGCAAAAACAGUUUCGUUGUUGAAUGUGAUGGUAUUUCGUUUUCAGUGUCCUCAUGAAUUCGUAAAAGGGGUAAAGACAAGACAGCUCGAGGUUUCGUGGGGCGAUCACGAAAAAAGAGAUUUACUCCAUUGGCAAUGCGAAAUCUGGCCCGAUCAUGGAGUUCUCAAAGAUUGGAAUGCUGUCUUUGUAAGUAGGGAGCGCAAAGCUAACAAAACGAUUUUACGGCGUUUUGAGAGUUCAAUGCAGAACUGGAAAAACAGAAACAGUGAAAAAAAAAAUUGAUAUAGGCCAUUCCGCGCCAGCUUGUCACGUUUUUCUUCCCGCCAAAAAGACCGUAUACCAAAUUAGAUCAAAUUUCUGCUUUUUGAACGGCAAGAAACAAAGGUCUUGAAGCGAAUUUGGUCAAUUUUGACCUGGCCUUUUGGCGGGAAGAAAAACGUGACAAGCUGGCGCGGAAUUGCCCAUAAAUGGGGUUUUCGGAAAAAAAAAAUCAACAAUUUUCUCGUUGGAGCAAACCUUCCUUUCGCCGUUUAUCCAGUUUUUUGCGUCUAACCAUUUUUGACGGCGACAAUAGCUUCCAGUUCGUCAUUUUACUGGCUUAGGCGCAGUUGAAUCUCAUUUUGAGAAUUUUUUUCACUGCGUCACUACUUAGAAGCAAAAGGUUUGAAUGCUCCGAAAUUCCUAAUUUAUUUCCCAAGAGUCUCAGAAGACCGCUCCCAUGUGACGUCAUGGGGAAACGCGUAAAAAACAGGAAAUAUUACAGGCGCAUAAAUGGGUCCCGAGACGAAUCUAUUUCUCCUUUCAAAAAAACGCGAUUUUUCUGUUUCUGUUUGAUUUGUUUAAAAACAAAUGCCAUGUUUAAAGGCAUACGGGCAUUAAAAAAAUUGGGGUUUCAGCUGGAAGUAAUAUCUUGUAAAGUUUUUCUUUUUACGAAUCCAACGGUGUGCUCAAAAAAAUUACAGAUGUGAAAACUUUAGAAGAAAAACACGAUUUUACUUUCCCGCCUUUAUUUUUGAAAGAUGCUUUGGAUCGGUGUACGGACAACGGUUUACAGUAGCCGUGCACGGGAUGUUGCGGACGUCUCAUUACACUCGCAUUUUGUGAGAAAUAACCGAAUAUCUGCUUCAAAUCAAGGGUUUCUACUCUGAAAAAUGAUUAAGAAAACAGAAAACACACAUUGAUAAUAAAGAAAACACAAAUAGUCGCUAUCCCGAUCGAAACCUGUGUAAAAUCAUCAUUUUUCACCAGAAAAGCAUUUUUGCGAUCAAUGUUUGCAAAUUAUACAUGAAUAGAAAGCUUUUGUGACGAAAAGAACUUUGGUGACAACAGAAAAAAUUGAAAAUUGAAAGAAACGAAGAAAAAAGCGAAAAUCCCUCGGACCUUGGUAACGCGAACGGGACGCGAAUCGGACGUGUCGGGGCAUUUCUAGUGACUACUUUAGUGGCCUCAACGCUCUCAAGUGAUCCCUAGAAUUGCCCAGAAACGUCCGGAGCACGUCCGUUUCGCGUUACCAAUGUCCGAGCCGGAAGAUGGCGAAGCCUGUUGUCCAUAGAGCGACUUUACUGCAAAACGCCCUUUUCGCGAGAACUCUCUUCUCUCCGACUUUGAUGUCGUGUUCAAAGUAAUUUCCGCGAAAUGCAAAAUGAUCUCUGACUCUCCAAAAUUUAGUGAUCUUUUCCUUUCUCUAACGGGUAUUUUGCAUUUCGCGGAAAUUACUUUGAACACGGCAUGAAUUAUUUUUUCUCCAAAACUUGGAAGUUCGGUACGUUCCCAAGUUUACCGUUCGAUUCGCAAUGAAAAUCUCUACAAAGUACUGCUUUGAACUGAAACACCGUUUUUUUACUGCCCCUAUGCAUUUAAAGUAACUUCGCGAAAUUCAAAAUAGCCACCAGGGAAAAUAUAUAACUAAAUUUCAGAAAUUCAGGUAUGAUUUUGAAUUUCGCGAAAAUCACUUUGAACGUGGCAUGUGCCAGAGCGCCACGGUGCAUGCACACGACACACUACACUUUACCAAAAAAAAUAUGGGCGGGGCGUCACCAAAAAAAUGUCGUGUAUGGUGAUGUUGCAAGGAGAAAAAAAAAACCACUAGGUGGAUUGACUAACCGCACCUGUCUUGGAUUAAAUAUUCCAAAAAAUUUUUUUCGAUAUACGUUUAAACUCGUCGUUUUUCCGUUUCAGCGGAUCAUACCCGCAUCCUUCAGCUAUAAUAAUCCAGUUGUGGUUCACAGCGCCAAAGGACAGGGCAGGGCUGGGACAUAUGCUCUGAUGGUCGCAAUGUUCGAAGCAUGGGGCUGGGUCAGUUUAUUUUUGACAUUCCACAACUUGAAAAAUUGAAGCCACUGUCUAUAUAUAUCAAAAUCCUUCAAAUAUUCAAAAAAAAAAGCGUAUUUGAUCGGACAUUGGUAACGCAAAACGGACGUGCUCCGGACGUUUCUGUGCAAAUCUAGAGAUCACUUAAGAGGGGAUAACGCUGCUAAAGUGAUCGCACAUCACGCUCUUUUGAGAAUUUGAUGAAUUUCGAUAUACAACGGUCUUGAGAAACAGCAUGGAUUGGCUUCAAAAAGUUGCGGUUAGAAAAAUAAUAUACCUUGAAACUGCCGCCGACCUCGAGCGGCUUUGCACCUAAGCCGCUUCGCGACCGCGACGCUUCGAGCCAUUCUCUGCAAAACUAGAUUUAUCAAUUUUUGUAAAAACAAUUUUCAGAAACUCGACGUCGAUGUGAUCCAAUUUUUCAAAAAACUUCGCCGAAUCCGGCCGUAUGCGGUAGAAAACGAACUGGUUAGUUAGUUCAAUUAUUUUUGACCCAAAGCAAAACUGAAAAGGGUUUUCGGCUUUUUUUCAACUUCGAAAUUUCGUUUUUUCAGCAGUACUUAUUCGUCCAUCGCUUCCUAUUCAUCCAAAUUCUGCGUAUAUGUAGAAAUUUUGUUCUUCCUGAUGCGGGAGCCGAAAGACUGAAAGAAUGGAUAGCGCGAUACGAUUGCGUCAUGAAGACCGCGAAAUACGUGAAGAAGGAAAAAGUUUACUCCGAAAUAUCGCAGAUUUGA